GGUUUUCUUCGUUGCUGGUGCGUGACCUUCACACUGAAACAGCUUUUGUAUAGCUUGGCUGAUCAGCUGUUCGCAUGUAAACAAUAUUCAUUGAUUUUGGUGCUUAGUGCGUAGAAUUGUUAUUUAGGCUACCAAGACAGGUUCAGUCACGUAAUCGAACACAGAGAGAAAUGUGCACGCUACACAUAGAAGAGGAAACACAUUUAGCUGCCAUGAGCAGCAAAUCUCGCACACGAACACCCAGUCCAAUGCCAAUACGAAGGAUACAUUACGGCGAGUUGACACUGUUCGACAUUAACUGGGAUGAUGUGCUUAUUCCAAAGAUUACUGCCUACCUUUCGAUCAAGGAUCUCUUCAAUUUACGAAGCUGCUCGCGCACAGCAUUACGUUUGGCAGAAGCCGCCCUGGAGAUGCGAACGGAGCUCCACUUGUCUGGCAAUAAUUCCAGAAAUAUAGAGCUCGGCUUCAAGGUCCUGUCCCGUUGCUGUCGUCGUCUGGAGCACCUGCACUUGGCCAGCUGCAAAUGGUUGACAGAUGAGCUCCUCCUGCCGCUGCUCAAUAAUAACAAACAACGCCUCAGCGCCGUCAAUCUGAAUGAGUGCACCAACAUAACGGCGCUUUCGCUGCAGCCCAUAAUCGUGCAGUGCAAGGAGCUGCGCAUCUUGAAGCUCUCCAAAUGCCAGUGGCUGACCACGGGCGCUGUGGACGCCCUCACCCUGCACCAGAGCAAACUGGUCGAAUUCGAUAUAUCACAUUGUGGCGCCAUUGGCGAACGCUGCCUUAUCAUCUUCUUUCGCAAGCUCAACAAGCUGACCAUCUUAUCGUUGGCUAACACGCCCAGCGUCACGGAUCAGGUGCUCAUACAGAUCGGCAACUAUUGCCGCGAGCUAGAACACAUUAAUCUGAUUGGAUGUGCUGCCAUCUCCGACUACGGAGUUCAUGCACUCAGCGUAAAGUGCAAGAGUUUGCAAUCGCUGCGUAUUCAACGCUGCCAUCGGAUCACGGAGCGCUCGUUGGCGCCACUGCGUCAUCGGGUGCACAUUGAUCGACCACGUCCACGCCAGGAUGCGCUCAAUGCUUACAACUUAAACGAUUUCUAUCCCAGCGACUUUCUUGUUUACUAGUUCCACAACAGUCUCUCUCUCCCUCUUUUUCUCUCCUGCUCACUC